AUCCAUAUAAAACUCUUACCACGUGUCAACACUUGCAUGUCAAACUCCCAGCUGAACGGACAUCUAUCAGACUACCGCUCUACCGCCGGUCCGCCGGCGUGGCACCUAAACCGGCUGGUCCCACUUCGCCGCCACCGAAGAUGGCGUUGACAGCUGCACCGUCGCCGCUGCUCGCCACUCGACCACCAUUAUCCUCCUCUAUUCCAAGAAUAGUUCUCGCUUCUCGCCUAAACAUCGCCGCAUUCUCCAACAGCGGCAUAUGCCUCAGACAUUCCCCUACGUUUGCAAGCCGAAGAUGCUCCGUAACGGCCAAGUCUCAUUCGGGUUCUCCUCUGAUUUCACCGGAAGACAAUUGGGGCACUUGGACGGCUCUUUUCGCCACCGGCGCUUUUAGUCUCUGGUCAGAGAAGACUAAGAUGGGCAGCAUACUAAGUGCUGCAUUAGUUAGCACUUUGGUUGGGCUAGCAGCUAGUAAUGUGGGGAUUAUUCCACAUGGUGCGCCCGCAUAUUCGACCGUGUUGGGGUUUCUGCUUCCAUUGACGAUUCCAUUGCUGUUGUUCAGAGCAGAUUUGAGAAGUGUGUUGAGAUCAACUGGUCCUCUGCUUUUGGCCUUCUUACUAGGAUCAGUUGCCACAGUCGUCGGGACUGUAGUUGCGUUUCUAGUGGUGCCCAUGCGAUCUCUCGGUCAAGAUAACUGGAAAAUAGCUGCUGCUCUCAUGGGGAGUUAUAUUGGUGGAACCAUAAAUUACGUGGCAAUAUGUAAGGCACUAAGUGUCUCUCCAUCAGUAAUGGCCGCGGGUGUUGCUGCUGAUAAUGUUAUCUGUGCAAUAUACUUUAUUGUGCUUUUUGCCUUGGCCUCUAAAAUCCCUUCGGAGGCUUCAACUUCAACCAGUGAUGCUACUGCAACUAUGGAGUCUCGCCCUGAAAGCAAGCUCCCCGUGCUGCAGAUUGCUACAGCAGUUGCGGUUUCCUUUGCAAUCUGCAAAGCCGGUACUUCUUUGACUCGAUUUCUGAGAAUUGAAGGGGCCGAUCUACCAGCAAUUACAGCCAUUGUUGUACUUUUAGCGACGAUAUUUCCUGCUCACUUUCGCCAGCUUGCCCCUACCGGUGAUGCCAUUGCAGUAGUCUUGAUGCAGGUUUUCUUCACUGUCGUCGGGGCGAGUGGGAGCAUUUGGAACGUGGUAAACACUGCGCCCAGUAUCUUCAUGUUUGGUCUUGUUCAAGUGAGUGUGCAUCUGUUUGUGAUCCUGGGAUUGGGGAAACUGUUUGGCGUGGAGUUGAAGUUGUUGCUUUUAGCGUCGAAUGCUAACAUUGGAGGCCCCACCACUGCAUGCGGCAUGGCGACGACGAAAGGAUGGACAUCUUUGGUUGUUCCUGGCAUUCUGGCUGGCAUAUUUGGGAUUUCGAUUGCUACAUUUCUGGGCAUUGGCUUCGGAUUCUGGGUUCUUAAACACAUGUAGUUAGGGGUAACUUAUAGUCCUAGUAUUCUUGUUGAGCAUAAAAUAUAUAUAUAUAAA